AUGGCCGGCCCACCAGCACCAAAGCCCGGCGUCUUGAUGCUUGGCAUCGUUCACCACGCAAAAGCAGAAUUCGAGAAGCUCUCCGAAGUCGCUGACGUCCAGCAAGUCACUUCCGGCACUCGAGAAGAGUUCAUUCGAGACUGCGACAAUGGCAAGUACAGCAAUGUUGUCGCAAUUUCCAGAACAUACGACUCCGUCAAGAUCACAGGCCGAUUUGAUGCCGAACUGGUUUCUCACCUUCCCGCUUCAGUCAAGUUCAUCUCUCACAAUGGCGCCGGGUAUGACCAAAUCGAUGUCCAGCCCUGCACAGACAGAAAUAUUUCCGUCUCCAACACCCCCAAGGCCGUCGAUGCCGCCACCGCAAACACGGCAAUUUUCUUGAUGCUCGGUGCUCUGCGUCGCGCUUGGAUCCCCCAACAAGCUCUCCGCGAGGGUAAAUGGCGAGGUGCCAGCCCCCUUGGCCGUGAUCCUCACCACUUGACGCUGGGAGUUCUUGGAAUGGGUGGUAUUGGAACUGCCACGGCCCAGCGAGCGGCAGCCCUUGGAUUCAAGUUGCAAUACCAUAACCGAAAUCCCGUGCCUGAUUUGGACAAGCAGUUCAUCGCUGGCCAAGUCCCAGCGUAUGUUAGCUUCGAGGAGCUCCUCCGAACCAGUGAUGUUAUCUCAGUCCAUCUGCCGCUCGGACCGGCUACCCAGGGAUUGAUUGGAGCCCAUGAGCUUAGCCAGAUGAAGGAUGGAGUCGUCAUUGUUAACACUGCGAGAGGCGCUAUCAUUGACGAAUCAGCCCUGGCUGAUAGUCUUGAAUCUGGAAAAGUUUGGAGCGUCGGACUUGAUGUGUAUGAGAAGGAGCCAGAAAUCAACCAAAAGCUGAUCAAGCAUCCUGGGGCUGUCUUGCUGCCUCAUAUUGGUACCGCCACCAUUGAUACACAGAAAGAGAUGGAGAUUCUCGUCAUCGAUAAUGUCAAGAGUGCGGUGACUCAAGGAAAGCUGCUCACACAAGUGUCCGAGCAGAAGCCCGUCAUGGCCAAAGUAUAG